UUUUUGUAUCUGCUAAAAAGAAUUGUUUGUUACAUAUAAAAUUUAUAGCAGUAACAUUUGACAAUACUUUCUAGGAAAUUUAGGUCUCAUUGCCAAUUAUACAGUCAAAUUUUACAACAAGUAUGAAUGAAUAAACGCCACAAACAAAUUUUCUUUCUAAAUUUCACAAACAGUUCAGAUAUAAAUUCUGUUUCUGUUACUUAAAUUGGAUGAGUAUCAGACACAUGCAAUAUCACAAUAUUUGCUAAUCGCUUAUCUACCUCAGUUGAUUUUUUGCAGCCAAAAAAUUGUGGCUGUGCUCGCAAGGCCAUUUUUUUGAGUGUAUUAGCGAGUACGUUCGCACAUUUUCUCAACUCUACAAAAGAAUCUCGAUAUUAAAUUUGUGAUGCCCAUUCAGCUUGUUCGAUAAUGAUUUAGACGAUUACAACGAUGCGAUAAGGCUACGCCUCCUAAUUUUUCACAUAACCGCGAAUAAACGAGCAUCCCAGUUAGCGAUGGCCACGCGCGUUAAUAAUUCCAACGGCGGCUUAUCUAGAUGCAGAGUGAUAUACAACGUGCUACACGCGGAAAACAAGCAUGCGGUAAUUUAUACUGACGACCUACACUUUGGAGCCGAUGCAACGCGACGUCUACGAAGAUUCGCCUCAAAGUUCGAUGAUAAACUCGUCUAUUUUAUUUCUUCAUUCGCUUUCACUCGAGCGAUGAUUUUCACGUGAGAAUUCCUUUUCUCGUCACCGUUAGCACAAAAUUAGCGAUUGCAAUUGGUCGCUGAAAAAGCUGGGUUUGCUCAACAAGAUGUUGAUAGGAUUCCGUCGCUGGAAUCGUUGCUAAUGAAACGCGCACCUCCUUCCGUUAUUUCCAGCCGUAAAAUAUAUCGGCAAAGUAAGAAAACGAGUCGCGUAUUGUUUCCUCGUCCUACGUUUGCUCUCCUUUUUUCCCCUCUCGUACGAUUUCUCUCGAGUUGUACGCGCGGAUACUUCUCUCGCAUUCUCUCUCUCCGUCCAGCGAACGAUACGGAACGAGCGCGUGGGUUCCUUUUUCCCGAGGGCGACAUAAAGCCCGGGACAAAUUGCUACGUGUGUUUACGUUAAAUCGCUUAAGCACGCUGCGCUUGCACGGGCUCGAAGGGAUCGACUCUCUCGUAAAGGCGAGAGAUAACCAUCUGCGAGUGAGGGCCAUCGGCAUAAGUCAAGCUUCGACGUCGUGGCGAACCGAUAUACAUGUGAGUAUAAUGCAUAAUGGCAGCACACACCGGUGUAUAGAUCCGGAUUAAGGCCAUUCGAUGCUGCAGCCACCUUAAUGCCCGGCAUGGAGCGCCUUAAACGUUAUCGCGAUGCAUGCCGAACUCCGAUCGGGCACUAAUGUGUAUACUUUGUGUACACGUUAAUCCUUUCCCGUAGGGUAUCAUUAAUUACGGCGGGCAAGUGCCGUGGGGAUUUUCUUGUCUAGUUGAGCGUGAGAUACUUAGAAUAAACAGAGCGAAACGGAACUUCUCGUGGACAGACGCUCGAAUGCGCUUUAUGUUUGCGAAGGCGCGUAGGUUGGAUUCCCAGGAUAGGUCAUUGGGAAAAUGUUUGCAGCUUUGGUAUCUCGAGAUUUUGUCCCCUGAUAAUAAAUAUAAAUAUUCAAAAGCUCAACUACUCAGACGCGGUAGGAAAAAAUACAAGGACUCCGUCCUCCAAUAUGUGCCACCUGACAUUUAUAAAAAUCCAAGUGGAUCGUACAUGAAGUUUUCAAACUCAAGAUUUUUCUCUCUCGUGGAGCAAUCUGACGUGACACGGGCGCAUUCUGUGCUCUACGAUCUAUUUACGCCAAGUAGCAACAAGAUAUUGGUUUCCUGGAUGUGUAACCAAGCGAUUCGGGAGCUCCUUUACCGUUACACCCACCCUCGUACGAAGUCGAGAGGCUAGAGGACCGCGCUGCUACCACCACGACGACGACGCGAGACGCGUCUAAACUCGUUCUCGCGGUUGGAUUCGAUUUCACGUUCGAGCGGAUCGGCAUUGAUCGAGCGGAGGAAAUCCCAUAUGUUCCCGUAAGGAUCCUCUUCCAAGCUCCCCCUCCUCGAUCAAGCGGAUCGAACGAUAUUCAUUCAGUCCUUACCAAAGCACCCCGCGACGAAAGUAGACGAGGUGCGAUAACAAUGACCUCGAGGCUAACGGCGCUGCAGGCUUUACGACGCAUCAUGAAUGAGAGGGUAGAUGAAUAUUGAAUCGUCAAGGAACGGAUGUAUCGACGUUUCGUAUACACAACAAUGCGCUCCUCGACGCGCCGACAAGCACUCGGCUUUAUCCGAAGAGAUGUGUGUCCCAGUCAAAUGAGAGCUUCGUUAAAAAACAAAUGGCUCUCGAUCAUUCUUUCAUGCUCGACUUGAAUCGUCGCGUCGUCGAUUAUGUCAGCGAUGUCCCAUGCGGCGUGAAGGGUCAAAGUACUAUGGGAGUGAAUAAGCGCUUCGCAGUCACUACCCUCGUACAAAACGAAUAUAUACGCUUCUCGCGUGUAAUAUUUAUAUAUGUAUAUAUAUACUUUUUAUAUCUCAGAAAAAAAUGCGGAAAUAUAUUUUGAAAAGAAAUACAAAUUGUUUUAUACUAAAUAUGUCAGUGAAAAAUUGCGGAUUAAACAACUUCCGUGAUAAGAGUUGGAGGGACGCACAUUUCGCGAGAGUGAUAUGUCGAUCAUCGCUCAACGCGGAAGGAGAACAUUCGCGGAAGAAAGCGCAGCCUCCGGCAUCACCGCCACCACUACCUCCACCACCACCACCGCCACCACCACCAUCAACGUCACCACCACCACCGGCUGCCGCCGCCUCCGCCGCCGUCGCCGCCGCAGAUACCGCCACCACUGGUAGCAGCAGCAGCGAGCAGCAGCACCCCCGACGACAAGGGGAUGAAGAAGAGCGUCGGUAUCGAAGUACGAAGGAAGAGGACGACGCCGAGGAGGACGACGAGGAGAGCUAUCCUGUCGAAGAUUACGACUACGGUGACUACGAGACCGCGACUAUAGCCAGCGACACCGAUCUUAUCGCGGGCGGUUCCCUGCCGAUUUUCUUGGCGGAACCGGUCGACACGUUUGUCGUCAAAGGGAAACCGGCGACGUUGCACUGCCGUGCCGCGCACGCUCUUCAGGUGUAUUUUCGCUGCAACGGUGACCGGGCCGAGCGUUCGCAGCAGCAGGAUUUCGUUGACCCUCGUACCGGAACGAGGGUCGUCGAGGUCGAGUUGAACGUGACGAGGAACGAGGUCGAGGAGUACUUCGGGAGGGAGAGAUUCAAGUGCGAGUGCGUGGCAUGGUCGGGACCAGGUCAAAUUCGAGGGCAGCCCGCUACGGUUGAGGUCGCCUAUCUGAAGAAGCACUUCCUGUCACCGCCGUAUUCGCUGUCGGUGGAAGUCGGUCGUAAUGCGGAACUGCGAUGCUCGCCGCCCUUGGGUGUACCAUCGCCAAAGGUUUAUUGGCUUAGAAAUGGCUCUCCUCUCGAGACGGCAGCCGCCGGCGCAGCUUCCGUCUCCGCCGACGCGAACCCCAACGAGAUGUCCUCCGCGGACGGCUUUGUACAAUCCGCCGACGGGCAUCUGCUCCUCGGGGAGGCCGAAUUGAGGCAUCAAGGGAACUACUCCUGCGUCGCUGAGAACAUCGCCGCGAGGAGAGUCAGCGAACCGGCGGUGCUUACUGUCUAUGUGAACGGCGGGUGGUCGUCCUGGUCCGGAUGGUCAGAGUGCAGCGUGCGCUGUGGUAGAGGCGUACAAAAGAGGACAAGAACAUGUACAAAUCCCGUUCCAAUCAACGGCGGUCAAACGUGCCCAGGACCAGCCACACAAAGAGUAGAAUGCAAUCCUUCCUGCCCCGCGGUCGACGGCAGAUGGUCAACUUGGUCCUCGUGGUCCGCAUGCGGUCCCGAUUGUUCGAGAGUAAGGAGGAGAUCCUGCAACGACCCCCCGCCGAGCAACGGCGGUCGUCCCUGUCAAGGCAAGGACGUCAUCGUUGAGUCCUGCUCCGCGGAUCGAUGUAAUGCGCUUGGACAAGAUGGGCCAAGAGUACUCAAGGAAGCAACUAGAGCGGUCGAUUACAGAAACAUCCUCGCAUUGUGGAUCACUUUGAGUCUAGCCGCGAUAAUUCUGGCAGUAACGACGAUUUUCUUUGUUCGCUUGAUGCGCCGGAAGGAAAGAAUGGAGGCCUUGUACGGCGUUGCGAGAUUGGACUUUCAUCGUCCGGGUGAUCUCGCGAAAUCAGUCGUGUCUAAGAACGAGCGCUCCGUUUUGACUAGCGACAGACGUCUCGAACAUGUGAUCGAUGAAUCGAGCGCCGCCAGGCUACCCAGAUCCUGUUCCGAGCAUCAUUAUGACGUUCCGCAAUUGUCAUUACCGUCGACAACGAGACCAUCGCCAAGCUCCUCCGUAACUAGGUCUUCUUGCAAGAACUCGCAACGAGGACGCGGCAUGUCGGAUAAUGAGGAGGGACGGUCUUCUCGCUCGACCUAUCAAGCGAAUCCAGAAAGCACCAACGAGGACGACGAGGAGCAGGACGAUGAUGAAAGACCGGACGAGAACGAACGAUCCACAACAGACGACAGUGGCUUCAUUGUGAGAGCCAUAAUUGAUGAGCAAGGCGCCCUUCUGGUCGUACCCGAAGUGGGCGUUUCGAUGUCGGUGCCGGAAGGUGCGAUCCCGCGCAAUCGUCGGCACAGUCUGCAUCUCGCCGUACUUGGAGAAAAUUCCUUCAGACCGAAUCUUCCACCUGGAUUCACCUUGCUGUCCGCCGUGGUAGCUUGCGGUCCCGCGAACGUCGAUCUCGUGAAGCCAGUGAUCCUACAGUUUGAACACUGCGCCGAAUUGAGAACCGGAAAUUGGGAGCUGAGUCUGUGGUCCACGGAGAUCGAUCUGGAGACACGCUCAAACAAUUCCACGAGUUCGUCGGUGAGCUCGAACGGUUCGCCGUCCGCGACGACGACGUGGCGCAAGGUGUUGAUGCUCGGUGGCGAUCCGACAAAUCUACCCGGUCAACCGUUCGCGCAGCUCGACCAUGCUGGCGUGUUUCUCGUCACGGAGACUCCCAGCGUUUACGCGGUAGCUGGAGAAAAUUCGGUGGUCGCACCUGGACUGGCAGUGAAACGUCUCUGCGUCGCGGUUUUCGCAUCUCGCGAACGCGAUAAUGUUCGAUGCCACGUGCUGGAGGACACGAAGGCGUCGUUCAAGCUCGUAAGCGAGCGAGAACGUCGUUUGGGUAGUACUUAUGUCGAUCACGGUACUCUCGGAUUUCGCGCUAGCGGCACAUCACUUCGCGUCGAUCUCGAAGACAGAGAGAGCGGUUUUGCCGAGCGACAGGAAGUACCUUACCGGCGCAUCUGGGCAUCCUCGAAGAUUAGUAUCCGGCGUUUCUUUAGGAUAGAAAAAGUCGUCGACCUCAGGCUUGGCUUUGAGCUUCGUGCUUGUCAACGUGGUUUUGAAGAUCAAGGCUUGCUUCUCAGGAUCGAUCUUGAUCUCGUAAAAAGGAAUAACAUGAGUGGAAAGAGAAACAGUAACAAGACGGAAUCCUCUGUCGUCUUACGGGGCAAGAAUUCAACAAGGUCCACGGAAUCCGUCAUACCGCGACCCUUCAGAUUUUCCAAGACGCUUAGAAAGCAACUCUGUCAAUGUUUGGAUCCGCCAAGUGCACGUGGCAAUGAUUGGCGCAUGCUGGCUCAGAGGCUGCAGGUUGACCGAUAUGUCGACUACUUUGCAACAAAGGCGAGCCCGACGGAACAUAUUUUGGACUUGUGGGAAGCCAGGCAUCGCGAAGCCACAGCUCUAGCGGAUUUACUGAAUCAUUUAAGACUGAUGGGACGCGUUGAUGCAGCCAACGUACUCGAGAGUCGUUUGGGGCCAUGGAUCUGAAAGAUCAUGAGAAACUCACACUGCCUACUUAAGCAAACGAAAUGCGAAUUUAUAACACGAGAGAGAAAAAUUUUGUAAAUAGAGUAGUCAUUAUACGAUAUUAAAAAUGGAUGUAGAAACAUAUGUUGUAUAAACAUUGGUCAUAUUUGUACAUAAAAAUCGUUUACAACAAA